CCUCGAGGCCAAUAUUCGGUGUCUCGGGGCUUCAAAUGCGCGGGUUUUAGCCACAGUUUCAGUCAAAAUUGAGGAGAUGAUCCUCUGACACCCGCUUCAACCACCGUCAAACCAUGUACUUCACAUCGUUAGCCCCAGAAGUGUGGCCCUCUGAUAAGGCUAUCAUUGCGCUGAACGGAAUUCUGGCCACGGGGAACAAGAAGCGACGGCUCGAGCCCAACCGUGAUCAACCUAUUAGAUCGAUCGAUGACCAUGAAGGGACAUUCGCCUCCCCCCGGGGGUGCCUCCUAGUACUAGUCAUUGUUUCCCUCACUGCAUCCAGUUUACUCCCGAAGAUUCUCGAUUUCCAUGAUCAACCCCACACCAUCAUAAGCGACCGGAUGAAUACUGUUUCUACUAUGCCUUUGCCGCCAUCGCUAAUGAUGGCCGUCUAAGUCAACGAUCCUCAUACUGGACCGAAGAUGCCAAAACUGACAUCUGGUCAACCUUCUAAUAUUUUCUUCGUCCGUCUUCAAGACACCUUAAAAACAUGCUGCUGCUAGUGAAACCAUGACCAUUUUCGCCAGGGAGCAUCAUGUCAAUGUAUUCCUUCGGUCUUCUAUAGCAACAAAUAUUAGAGUAGAU